AUGGGUGAAGAGAAGAAGGAGGAAGAAAAGAAAGAAGAGGGCAAGGAAGAAGAGAAAAAGGAAGAAAAGAAAGAAGAAGAGCACCCAGAGAUUGUGCUCAAGGUUGAUAUGCAUUGUGAAGCUUGUGCUAGGAAAGUUGCAAGAGCUUUGACAGGAUUUGAAGGAGUGGAGGAAGUAACUACAGAUAGCAAAGCAAGUAAGGUGGUGGUGAAAGGCAAAGCAGCAGAUCCAUUAAAGGUAUGUGAGAGGUUGCAGAAGAAAAGUGGCAGGAAAGUGGAGCUAAUUUCACCGUUGCCAAAACCACCUGAAGAGAACAAAGAAGAAACCAAAGAUCCACCCAAGGAAGAAGAGAAAAAGGAUGAGCCUCCUCCUGUUGUAACAGUAGUCUUGAACGUCAGAAUGCAUUGCGAAGCAUGUGCUCAAAAGCUACGAAAGGGAAUUCGAAAGAUCCAAGGUGUAGAGUCAGUAGAAACAGACCUAGCCAAUGAUCAAGUAAUAGUAAAAGGGGUGGUUGAUCCAUCAAAGCUGGUGGAUGAUGUGCACAAGAAGACUAGAAAACAAGCUUCCAUAGUGAAAGAUGAAGAAAAGAAGGAAGAAGAGAAGAAAGAGGAAGAGAAAAAGGAAGACAAGGAAGGACAAAAGAAAGAUGGAGAAGAAGAGAAGGGAGAGGAUGAUAAGAAACUUGAUAUCAAGAGAAGUGAAUAUUGGCCAUCAAAGGACUACUCUGAUCAGUAUGCUUAUGCUCCUGAGAUUUUCAGUGAUGAAAACCCUAAUGCUUGCACUGUUAUGUAA